GAAAGAGACAUGGAGGGAAGAAACGUUAGGUUUGAAAGGUAGUUAACGAACUGCGCUUCUUCAUCAUUCUUCCCUUCACUUCUCCUACUCUAUCUUCUUCCUUGCAUAUUCGAUUGAACAAGACAGGAAUGGCGGAACUCAGACGGCGACACGCUGGAUCAAAUUCAACUGCUCGUCCCCAUCCCCCACCCAACAGUCAGCCACCAAAUCUUGUUUGGUUCAACCUUUUUAAGAAUCUAAUUUCAGUAAUCUCUCUUAUCUCCCUCACGAAACUGCAAAAAUUAACCAGUUCCGAUCGACAAAGCGGAAGCUCCUUAUCUCUCCCCUUUCGAUUACCUCCGGAAUUGGAAAAUCGAACUCAGCUCCAGGUCUUGAAGCUUGGAUCAUGGCAGAGGAUUUGGAUAAGCCAUUGCUGGAUCCUGGGAAUUUCAAUAGAGAAGGAAUCGAUUUGGAGCGAAUACCAUUGGAGGAAGUUUUUGGACAGCUAAGAACAUCCCGUGGAGGACUUUCAUCUGAAGAUGCUCAAGCUCGAUUGACCAUCUUUGGUCCUAACACACUAGAAGAGAAGCCUGAGAACAAGUUUCUGAAAUUUCUAAGUUUUAUGUGGAAUCCCUUGUCAUGGGUGAUGGAAGCUGCGGCUGUGAUGGCAAUCGUUCUUGCCAAUGGUGGAGGAGAGGGCCCAGACUGGCAGGAUUUUGUAGGGAUUGUCUGCCUUCUGAUGAUCAACUCAACAAUUAGUUUCAUAGAGGAAAACAAUGCUGGGAAUGCUGCAGCUGCCCUUAUGGCUCGUUUGGCUCCAAAGACAAAGGUUCUUAGAGAUGGGCAAUGGCAAGAGCAAGAUGCAUCAAUUUUAGUACCUGGAGAUAUAGUUAGCAUAAAGCUUGGCGAUAUCAUUCCUGCAGAUGCCCGUCUGCUUGAAGGAGAUCCACUGAAAAUUGACCAGUCAGCACUUACUGGGGAAUCACUUCCAGUCACCAAGAGAACAGGCGAUGAAGUUUUUUCUGGUUCAAUAUGCAAGCAGGGUGAGAUUGAAGCUGUGGUUAUAGCAACUGGAGUAAACACUUUCUUUGGAAAAGCAGCACAUUUAGUGGACACCACAGAAGUUGUUGGACAUUUCCAGCAGGUACUCACCUCCAUCGGAAACUUCUGCAUUUGUUCCAUAGCUGUAGGAAUGAUCCUUGAAAUCAUUGUUAUGUUUCCCGUUCAGCACCGCUCUUACAGGGAUGGAAUCAACAACCUUCUUGUUCUGUUAAUUGGAGGAAUUCCUAUAGCAAUGCCAACUGUACUAUCUGUUACACUUGCAAUUGGUUCCCAUCGCCUUUCUCAACAGGGUGCAAUUACAAAAAGGAUGACUGCAAUUGAAGAAAUGGCAGGAAUGGAUGUCCUCUGCAGCGAUAAAACUGGAACUCUUACUUUAAAUCGCUUAACUGUUGAUCGAAACCUCAUUGAGGUAAAAAGGUCGACUAUGGCCAUGAUAACUAUUGCUUUAUGAUUUUCUCAAAAAGAAAAAAAACUNNNNAAUCAGGAUGCUAUUGAUGCAGCCAUCAUUAAUAUGCUUGCUGAUCCAAAAGAGGCACGUGCAAAUAUCAAGGAAGUUCACUUUUUACCCUUCAAUCCAGUUGAGAAACGUACUGCAAUAACAUAUAUUGAUUUUGACGGUAAUUGGUACCGGGCCAGUAAAGGAGCUCCUGAGCAGAUUCUAGAUAUGUCCCAAGAGAAAGAUAAAAUUGCUGGAAAAGUGCACUAUAUCAUAGAUAAAUUUGCUGAAAGGGGCUUGCGAUCUCUAGCAGUUGCUUAUCAGGAAGUUCCUGAAAAAAACAAGGAUAGUCCUGGAGGUCCUUGGAUUUUUUGUGGGUUGUUGCCAUUGUUUGACCCUCCAAGGCAUGAUAGUGCUGAAACUAUCCGCAGAGCACUUAAUCUUGGAGUUUGUGUGAAGAUGAUAACAGGUGAUCAGUUGUCAAUUGCUAAAGAGACUGGUAGACGUCUAGGAAUGGGAACGAACAUGUAUCCUUCUUCAUCAUUGUUAGUCCGAGACAAAGAUGAGAAUGAAGCUCUACCAGCGGACGAGCUUAUUGAAAAGGCAGAUGGAUUUGCUGGCGUAUUUCCUGAGCACAAAUAUGAAAUUGUAAAAAUUUUACAAGAAAAGAAACAUGUUGUUGGAAUGACUGGAGAUGGUGUGAAUGAUGCACCUGCUUUGAAGAAAGCAGAUAUCGGAAUAGCAGUGGCAGAUUCUACAGAUGCUGCAGGAGGUGCUGCUGAUAUAGUACUAACUGAGCCUGUAAGUGUGAUUGUCAGUGCUGUCUUGACCAGCAGAGCUAUAUUCCAGAGAAUGAAGAAUUUAUACAGUUAUAUAUAUGCUGUUUCUAUAACCAUUCGAAUUGUGCUGGGUUUCAUGCUUCUGGCACUGAUAUGGAAAUAUGACUUUCCACCAUUCAUGAUUCUGAUAAUCGCGAUACUUAAUGAUGGGACAAUCAUGACUAUUUCUAAAGAUAGAGUAAAGCCAUCUCCAAGACCCGAUAGUUGGAAGCUGAAAGAGAUAUUUGCUACUGGCAUUGUAAUUGGAACAUAUCUAGCUCUUAUAACUGUCCUGUUUUACUGGAUUGUUACUGAUACUGGUUUCUUUGAGAGACACUUCCAUGUAAGGUCUAUAUCCAACAACAAUGAGGAAAUAUCCUCUGCAGUCUAUCUCCAAGUCAGCAUCAUCAGCCAGGCUCUCAUAUUUGUGACACGAAGUCAAACUUGGUCCUUUCUUGAAAGGCCUGGAGCACUCUUAAUGUCUGCAUUUGUGGUCGCCCAGUUGGUGGCAACCUUAAUAGCUGUCUAUGCACAUAUUAGUUUUGCUCAUAUUAGUGGUAUCGGAUGGGGAUGGGCUGGUGUUAUAUGGUGUUAUAGUUUGAUCUUCUACAUACCCCUGGAUAUUAUCAAGUUCACUGUCAGUUAUGCCUUGAGUGGAGAAGCCUGGAAUCUCUUAUUUGAUAAAAAGACUGCUUUCACUUGUAAGAAAGAUUAUGGGAAAGAAGAUAGGGCAGCUCAGUGGGUUCUUUCUCAAAGAAGCCUGCGGGGCUUGAUAUCUGCAGAAGAGUUGAACGGACGGCGAUCAAGAUGUUCUUUGAUUGCGGAACAGGCUUUGCGGCGUGCUGAAAUAGCCAGGCUUGGAGAGAUGCACACUUUGAGAGGACAUGUAGAAUCAGUUGUCAGGCUCAAAAAAUUGGAUUUGAAUGUGAUCCAAACUGCUCACACUGUUUAAACUCAAAAGCAUUGCAUUAUAAUGGUUUUGUCCAGGGAAAGCAAACCUUGCGACCACUGCUCAACGUGAUUGCCGUGGAGAAUAAUUGCGUAGAAAAACAUUUGUUAUCCAAGAAUCAUUAGGAAUUCUGUUAAUGCCUGUUGCCAAUACAUUAUCAAUUCUUUGGGCUCCUCCAAGCUUGUAAGUUAUCUUCAUUAAAUUAUUCAUGCUGCUCAUUUUCUACAAGAAUGGGCCAGUUUUUUGAUAGGGAAGAGCACACUUCUUUUCAAGCUUUGUAUUUUUUUCAUUCAACAGAGUUGUUUAUGUAAUAGUUUGACUAAUCAAUAAUAAA